UCUCUCUCUCUCUCUCUCUGUCUGCGUCUUGCUGCAAUAAUUUGACUUUUGGGCAUUUCUCCCAGUAAAUAGGGGAGUUUCUGUGUGUCUGAUAAUAAUUCGAAUUCGGGGUAUAUUUGGGAAAUGUUUGCGAAUUGUUUUUCUCUUAAAGUUUUGAAUUUAGGGCAUGAGGUUAGAAAGUGCAGCUCUGUCUCUACCUGUCCUCUGUCACACUGGGAGCAGAGUCUUUCCUCUUCUGGUAGCCAGUUCUGUCUGUGGCGACCCGUUUCUAUGGCCAGGCUGUGUUCACUCAGUCUGUACAUUGUCAACAUUGUUCUUAAUUUAGGACAUUUUAUUGUGCUCAGGUAAUUUGCCAGUUUGAAUUCUCUUUUUAGGGUCAGAUAACAUUGUAAUUUACUUUGUGUUUUGGUCGUUUCUUUCCAGUGUUCAAUAUAUUUUCUUUUUGCUUGUUGAUAAUUUGGUUUGGUCUGAUUGAGUUGGUGUUGCUGUCCUGAGGCUGUUGGGGACAUGUUACUGCAGAGAGCCUCAGGACCAGCUGGCUGAGGGGACUCUUCUCUGGUUUCAGCUCCUGGUAUGUUGGGGCUUUGUGAUGGUAUGUCUGGGGGUCAACUGAUUUAAGUGAUUGUAAAAUUGAAUUGAUCUUUUCUGUAUUUUUAGUAGGAGGGGGUAUUGGCCGAGUUCUGCUCUGCACAGAUUAUUUGGUGUUUUUCUCUGCACCUGCAGGAUGCUCUUACAGAACUCGCUGUGGAAAGAUUCUAUGAUUGUUUUGUCCCAUUUGUCAAAUUCAUUAUUUAGUUUUGGUCCCCAAAUUUCGCUGCCAUACAGAGUUAUUGGUUCUAGUACAAUUUGGAAAAUGUUAAACCAGAUUUGGAUUGGAAUAUAGAUUUUAAUGUUUCUCUUUAUUGCAUAGAAAGCUCUCCUUGCUUUGUCCCUCAGAUCUUUCACAGCCAUGUUGAGGUUUCCUGUGUAUGUAAUGUUGAGGCUGAGGGUGAGGCCAGGUGCCGUGGAACGCUCUAGAGAGAGAGCUCUAAAGAGAAUUGGACUGAGAUUGCAUCCCUGCCUGACUCCCCAGCCCUGGGAGAAGAACGCUGAAGCUCUGCGCCGGAUCAUCAGCACAUUGGCCAAUAAGAACGAAGAGCUCCAAAACUUCCUGGAAACAGUCGACAACACACUGACAGGACUGCAGAAGGAGUCAUGUAAGGUGACGUCAGCGCUGGAAGCGGAGCUUGAACUUCUGAGCUCCGCCCUGGAGGAGAAGGGGGCGGAGCUUCGUGGCAUCAUUAAAGAGGAAAAGUUGAGGAAAGAGGCGGAGCUUCAGAAGCAGCUGUCGGACGGGAAGGUCGCUCUGCUGUCGUGUGAAGACCUGCUCAAGUUCGCAAAUCAAACACUGACGAUCACCAACGAAGAAGAAUUCCUGACGGCUGCCAAACAAAUCAAAGAAGGGGUAACCAUGGCUCCAGCGUUUCGGCUGACGACUCGUCCAGCGGCAUCAGACAACAUGUCGCACUUUACAGUCGACUUUAGCACGCAGAGGGCGGGGCUUCAACGACUUAACUUCCUGCCAGUUCCCAGGGCUCCAGAGAUCGACGUCUCCAGCUGCGUGGUCCGGGACAACGCCAUCAUGGUAUCCUGGCGACCAGCUACUGAGGUUGACAGCGAGGAUGACAUCAGUGUCAGUGGACCAAUUGAACGCUACGAACUCGAAUACCGAAAAACAAACUGCGACAGCUCGCUGAGAGCCGCAGGAGGGGCAUGCUGGGAAAAAAUUAACGACAUCAGAGAGACACACUUCUCUGUCUCAGGUCUGAAAUUUGACUCUCGCUUCAUCGUUGUUCGCGUUCGAGCGAGAAACAAGGCGGCUGCCGGCGAGUUCUCAGAGCCCGUCGCCAUGGAAACCAGAGCGUAUAACUUUGGGUUUGAUGCGGCGACGGCUCACCCUGAACUCAAGGUUCAGAGUGACACUGUGACCUGGGAGCCGCAGGGGGUCAAGGGUCAUGACCCCCGACUGAAAGGAAAGGAGAAUAAGAGCAGCAGCAGAAGUGCCACACCGUCCCCCAAUAAGACAGCAGGAAGUCGAGCAGGACGCGAUCGAUUCGCUGGAGAGUCGUACACAGUGCUGGGUGACCAGGAGAUGAGUGGCGGGUGUCACUACUGGGAGCUCCGCCCCCUGGAUGACUGGAAGUCAUUCAGUGUGGGUGUGGCCUACCGGGCAAGUCUGGGCCGCUUUGACCAAUUAGGGAAGAGCGCUGGUUCAUGGUGUCUCCACGCCAGCCAAUGGCUGCAAAGCUUGCUCGCCGCAAAGCACAAUAACCGAGCGAAGGCAUUGGAUUGGCCGCUGCCGCAGCGGAUUGGGAUCUACUGCGACUACGACAACGGUGAUUUAUUGUUUAUCGACGUCGAACACCUUCAUCUUCUUCAUGCCUUCAAAACGAAGUUCAACCAGUCGCUUGUCCCCGCCUUCACUGUUUGGUGCGGUGGUAUCAACAUAACUACGGGCCUGCAGGUGCCGAGCUUUAUGGGUAAUCUCCUGUCGACCAGUCGGAGCCUCAGCAACCUGUCACAGUAGUUCGACCUCGUCUCUGUUUAAUUGUAUUAUAUUUGUAUUAAUUAUCAAUAAUUUAUUAAUUUAAUAUAUUUGAAUUUAUUCAUGUCAAUGUAAGAUCAUAAAUAACACUUAUAAUGUGAUAUUAUAAUAAUAAUGAAAUUAUUUGUGAAAUUGUUAUCAAUGAUUAUUUUAAUUUAAAAACCAUAAAUACCUUUAAGAAAAUAUAUUAACUUGAUUUUUCUUGUCUGCUCUUAUUUUGACAGUCUUGACCUGAAGCCAUAGUUUUAGUGUGAGUGCUUGUGUGAAGUAGUGAUAUUGUCUAAGCUAAAGCUUUUAUUUUGAUUGAAUUUGUAUAAAAGGAAAACAUUGUUUUUAAAUAACAUUUUAUUUGAGUCUUUUAUUUUGAAGGUUAUAACCAGAUGAAAUUUAUUUUGAAGUCUGUGAGGAAGUUCUGUUUAAUUUGUGUGAAAGACCUUUAUUAUGAAAUACCUUCUGGCUUUUAUUUUGAAGGUUGGGACUGAACUUCCUGUCAUUUGUGCCAGGAAUCAGUAAUAAUGUUUGUAUUUAUUGAUCCAUCCUGUGUGUUAAUGUCACAUCUGACCUGGAAUCAUCAUUCUGAUCAACAAUAAAAGUUAAGAUUGCAAAA